CGUAACGCCGUGCCACAAAAAAUGAUUCGGUGUUUACUGCAAGGUCACGGUUCAUACAUUUAUAUAUUACUGAUUUGAGAACGAUCAGUUUAUUAUUGACCUCUGCGGGAGCGCGCGCGUUAUGGUCCAAAAAAUAUUUAUUCUCGCAUUUUUCGCUACCUGCCAUGGGCAGCUCGCUGACUUACUGUUCCCUCGUGUGGCCAACACCGUUAGGCAGACGGCGGACUCGCUAACAAAUAACCCGGUGGCGAGCCAGGCGACCAAUGUCGCCGGAGGCCUGCUGUUGAACACCUUAAAUCUCUUCACAAACGUACCCAUCACCCUCGCGCGGUCUCUAACUGGCGGAGACGGUAUCAACGGCGUCCCCGGGCCAAUCAACGACAACAACCUGGUAGCCUUAAGCGAUAACUUCCUCUCCGAGUUCAACUUCGGCCUAGGCAACGAGGACUGCAAUCUUAACUGUGACCAGCUCAUCACCAAAUAUGGACAUUCAGUUGAGACGCACGAUGUUCUCACCGAAGAUGGCUAUAUAUUGAAGAUGUUCAGGAUACCCAGUGAUGGACCAGUUGUGUAUCUUCAACAUGGGUUGUUAGGAAGUGCAGAUGACUAUAUAGUGGCCGGCCCGGACAGUGGAAUAGCGUAUCUCCUAGCAAAAGAGGGUUACGACGUCUGGUUGGGAAACUCACGCGGCUGCAAGCACUCACGGCGUCAUGUCGAGAUGAGCCCCUCCCAAGGCGCUUUCUGGGACUUCUCUUGGCACGAAGUUGGCUAUUACGAUCUUCCUGCUAUGAUCAACUACGCUCUAAAUACCACCGGAAAGGAAAAGCUGAAAUACAUCGGCCAUUCCCAAGGGACCACUGCAUUCUGGGUGAUGGGAUCGGAACGCCCCGAAUACAUGGACAAGAUUGCUUUAAUGGUUGCGCUAUCACCCGUCGCAUUUAUGUCCCACGUGAAGAGUCCUAUCAUAAGAUUCCUAGCUCCCACAGGAGGUAUAAUUCACGCAUUUGCAAAGAUAAUUGGGCUUUAUGAAUUAGCUCCGGAUAAUGCGUUGAUGAGAGUAUUCAGAAGAAUAGCGUGCGGCGGGGGGCCAUUUGCGGAAAUCAUGUGCACUAAUCUUUUGUUCUUAGUGGCUGGUUACAACGUGGAACAGCUGAAUGUGACUAAUCUGCCUGUGAUCUUCAGCCACGCGCCGUCAGGGGCGUCAGCGAAGCAGUUCGCGCAUUAUGGGCAAGAAGUGAUCUCUGGGAGGUUUAGGAAGUUCGACUACGGCUCAGCGGAGAACCAGGUGCGGUACGGGUCGAGCGACCCUCCCGACUACGACCUGUCGCGUGUGACAGCUCCCGUGUCGCUAGUCUACAGCGACGCCGACUGGAUCUGCGACGCGCGCGACGUCGACAUGUUGUACAACCUGUUGCCCAACGCCAUCGACAUACACAAAGUACCGUCGAGAAACUUUAACCAUUUGGACUUUGUGUUCGCGAAGGAUGUGAAAUAUUUGAUUUUUAAGAGACUGAGUAAAAUGUUAGCGCGUUUUUAAUCGUU